AUUUUUCUCGUUCAUUCUUUUUUUUUUUUUCUCUCUCUCUCUCUCUCCUCUUUCAACUAAGCUGGACAAGCAUACCACUCCCAACCCAGCUCAACUUAUCAACAAAUCCAUAUUUGACACACCACCACUUUAUCUGACACACUCCAACUCAUCACCUCUCUCUCUCUCUCACAUGUUUGUCUAGAAGGACAUCUUCAUUUCUCUCCAUUCUAGUUCUCAACUCCGGCCAACCCAAAAAUGGACUCCAACCCUACUCGCACCACCACCCCAGAAGAUCUUGAACACGCAAAUCCGUACAUCAGGCUGCCGGACCACCCAACCUCCGCCGCGUCUCCGCCGUAUCACCGCGAACCCAUUAAGAGUCUUGUCGGAAUCUUCCUUUGUAUGUUGUUUGUGUCUUCUAUGGUUGCUUUGUUCUUCUCAAACCUUGAAUCUGAGUCCCUAUCUAAAGUCAAUGACGAUCGAUCCGAGUCUUCUCCGUCGGUGGUGCCGAAGAGUUUAAUGCCGCCAUCGAGGGGGGUGCCGCAGGGGGUGUCGGAGAAGACUUUCCGGGACUUUUCCGCCGCCGGUCCGGUGUACCCUUGGACUAAUGCUAUGCUGUCUUGGCAAAGAACAUCUUACCAUUUUCAACCAGAAAAGAAUUGGAUGAAUGAUCCCAAUGGUCCACUGUACCACAAGGGAUGGUAUCACCUUUUCUAUCAGUACAACCCAGAUGCUGCAGUUUGGGGCAACAUUACAUGGGGCCAUGCAGUAUCAAGGGACCUGAUUCACUGGCUCUACCUUCCCUUCGCCAUGGUUCCCGAUCACUGGUUCGAUGUGAACGGUGUUUGGACCGGGUCCGCCACCUUCCUCCCCGAUGGCCAAAUCAUAAUGCUUUACACCGGUGAUACCGAUAAUCAUGUGCAGGUGCAAAAUCUUGCCUACCCUGCCAACCUAUCUGAUCCUCUGCUCCUUAAUUGGGUCAAGUACGAGAAUAACCCGGUUAUGGUCCCUCCACCCGGCAUUGGUCAUAAGGACUUUCGUGACCCGACCACUGCGUGGCACGCCAACGAUGGAAAGUGGCGGGUUGCUAUUGGAUCAAAGGUUAAUACAACGGGUAUGACCCUUGUAUACCAAACCACUAACUUCACUAGCUAUGAGCUAUUGGAUGGGGUUAUGCAUGCGGUUCCGGGUACGGGUAUGUGGGAGUGUGUGGACUUUUACCCGGUUUCAACUACCGAUACGAAUGGGUUGGACACAUCAUUUAACGGCCCGGGUAUUAAGCAUGUGUUGAAGGCAAGUUUGGAUGAUGACAAGAAGGAUUAUUAUGCACUUGGGACAUAUGAUCCAAGUAAUAAUACAUGGACCCCUGAUAACCCGAAGCUAGAUGUGGGUAUCGGGUCGCGGGUGGAUUAUGGAAAGCAUUAUGCAUCAAAGACAUUUUAUGAUCAAAACAAGCAAAGGAGAAUCUUGUGGGGUUGGAUUGGUGAAACUGAUAGUGAAGAUGAUGACCUCUUAAAGGGUUGGGCAUCCGUUCAGACAAUUCCAAGGACUGUAGUGUAUGACAAGAAAACCGGAACCAAUGUACUUCAAUGGCCAGUGGAGGAAGUGGAGAGACUCAGAUCAAACUGCACUGACUUCAAUGGUGUAAGGGUUGGACCUGGAUUAGUCGUGCCGCUCAACAUAAGCUCUGCUACACAGUUGGACAUAAUUGCUACAUUUGAAGUAGAUAAGGCGGCAUUGGAGGCAACAUUUGAAGCCGAUGUUGGCUACAAUUGCAGUACUACUGGUGCUGCUGUGAGAGGCACUCUGGGACCAUUUGGUCUUUUGGUUAUUGCUGAUGAUUUGCUCUCUGAGUUCACACCGGUCUAUUUCUACAUCUCUAAGGACAUCGAUGGCACUUAUAGGACCUUCUUCUGUUCCGAUGAAAUGAGAUCAUCCAAGGCUUCUGAUGUUAACAAAAAGGUUUAUGGAGGCAUGGUCCCUGUCCUUGAUGGCGAAAAAUUUUCUAUGAGAUUAUUGGUUGAUCAUUCGAUUGUGGAAAGCUUUGCUCAAGGAGGGAGAACAGUGAUCACAUCACGAAUCUAUCCAACGAAAGCAAUUUAUGGAGCAGCGCGAGCAUUCUUGUUUAACAAUGCCACAGGAGUGAGCGUCACAGCAUCACUCAAGAUUUGGGAAAUGGAUUCCGUAGAUCUUCAACAAUUCCCUUUUGAUUCAGAUGACGUAAUGUUGCUUUAGUCAACCCAAUCCUGUUAUAUUCGUCCAUUCUUUGGUUGUUUGUUUGGUUGCUGGGAAAAUUGGAAGAAGUAGGAGGGAAAAAAUAGAAUCAUGCUGCAACUGAACUGAUAUUGUAUUAUCCCAAUUUUCAAGAUAUGUUGUUUGGUUGGCAAUA